UCAGCAAGAAAACAGGUGGAGCAAUGCUUCGUGGAGAGUUUUUCAUCAUUUGCCAAAAAACUUUCCAGGAUAUUGAGCUCCCAAAACAGAAGGCCGAAAUCUGGCCCAGGGACUUGCUCCGGACUUUGGACCCACCUUAGAGGCAAACAGCAAAUGUGCUCAUUCUCCUUUUUGCUCCUGAUGACUUGAAAUACUUAACAUUACCUUUUCCUUUUCUUUUUAACCACAGGGAUUGGGAAGACCGGCAAAGGACCACCUCGUGGAAAAUCUCUGCUGAUGUCAACAAUGUAUGGUCCUCUUUUGAGUGUGAAAGGUUCUGGCUUUUCUGUUGAUUCGGAACUAAGGGCUUUCAAGGGUGUUAGUGCACCUUCGGGCAAGCGAGGUUUCUUUACACACCCAGCAGCGCGUGUCUGUCUCCGCGCCUGUGCAUCCCUGAGUGCUUCUGCGUGUGUGGCUGUGUCAAGUGGGUUUUGAGCCCAUGUCUCACACACUCAACGAAGAUGCGAGUGCAGCCGUGCAGUCUCAGGGACGCGGAAACCGAGACCGCCGGCGGCGCGCGCGUGGGGGGCACCCGGACGCCCAGGUACGUGCCGCUCGGUCCCCGGCUGGCGCCGGGACGGUUGGGCCCGGCGGUUGCGGGCCCCACCGUGCCGCGGCUCGGCCUCUGUGACGCACGGCGCGGCCCCCGGGGCGGACCGGGCGGCGCGGCGCGGCGCGGCGCGGGGCGGCGGGGGCGGCGCGGGGGCGGGGCGGGCGCGAACCGGGCGGAGCCGGGAGAGGCCCCGCCCCCGGGCCGGAGCAGCGAGGACGCUACGGAGCAGGCGCGUCCCGCCGCCGCUGCCGCCGCCGCCAGUGCCGCCGCCGCCGCUCACCCUUCUCCGGAGCCGCUGCCGCGGCCGCCAUUUGCACGGGGACCCCGGUGACAGAGGCUCAGCAGAGGGGCGGAGG